GGGAAGAGCCUUGGGUGUCCCUGACCCCUCAGGGCCUCACAGCCCAGAAGGAGGGGCCGCCCUGAGGGGAAGGGCUUCAGGGGGAAGGAAGAAAGGAAAAGGAAGGAAGGAAGAAAGGAAAAGGGAGGAAGGAAGGAGGCCCUCCUGGAGGCGAGCAGUGGGGGAAGGUGAGGGACUAGAGAUGUCAACCCCGGAGGAUGCCGGGAGCCGCUUCCCCUUGCACGUCCUGGUCUGGAACAACGACUUCCAGCAGCUGGAGAAGGAGCUGGCGGGCCAGGAUGUGGAAGCGGUGGACCCUCGUGGCCGGACCCUGUUGCACCUGGCAGUCUCCUUGGGGCACCUGGAGUCUGCCCGAGUCCUCCUACAACACCGAGCGGACGUGACGAAAGAAAACCGGCAGGGAUGGACGGUCUUACAUGAGGCCGUGAGUACAGGGGACCCCGAAAUGGUCUACACAAUUCUGCAACAUCGCGACUUCCACAACACGUCCAUGGCUCUCGAAGGAGUUCCAGAAUUGCUCCAAAAAAUUCUUGCGGCUCCAGAUUUUUACGUGCAGAUGAAAUGGGAAUUCACCAGCUGGGUGCCGUUGGUUUCGAGGAUCUGCCCCAACGAUAUCUGUCGCAUCUGGAAAAGUGGUGCAAAACUCCGCGUCGAUAUCACGUUACUGGGUUUUGAAAACAUGAGCUGGAUUAGAGGGCGACGGAGCUUUAUAUUUAAGGGCCAGGAUAGCUGGGCGGAGCUGAUGGAGGUGAACCACGACGAGCAGGUCGUCACCACCGAGCACUUUGACCUCUCCCAGGAGAUGGAACGUCUCACGCUGGACUCCAUGAAGCCCAAAGGCCGGGAGGUGGAGAGGCGCCUCACCUCGCCCGUCAUCAACACCAGCCUCGACACGAAAAACAUCGCCUUCGAGAGGACGAAAUCCGGAUUCUGGGGCUGGAGGACGGAUAAAGCCGAAGUGGUGAAUGGUUAUGAAGCAAAGGUGUACACAGUGAACAAUGUGAGCGUGUUAACAAAAAUAAGAACAGAGCACUUGACCGAGGAAGAAAAAAAGAGAUACAAAGCUGAUAGGAACCCAUUGGAGUCUUUACUGGGAACCGUAGAACACCAGUUUGGCGCUCAGGGGGACCUCACGACCGAGUUCGCGACGGCAAACAACCCAACAGCCAUUACCCUGGAGGAAUACUUCGAUGAAGGGUUUGAUCUCAAAGACAGGGACAUCGGGAGGCCUAAAGAGCUUACAAUUAGGACGCAGAAGUUUAAAGCAAUGCUGUGGAUGUGUGAAGAAUUCCCUCUGUCUCUGGUAGAGCAGGUGACUCCAAUCAUCGACCUCAUGGCCCGGACAAGUGCCCAUUUUGCCAGACUGAGAGAUUUCAUCACGCUAGAAUUUCCACCCGGAUUUCCUGUCAAAAUCGAAAUUCCUCUGUUUCACGUCCUGAAUGCCCGAAUCACCUUCGGAAAUGUCAACGGCUGCAGCACAGCAGAAGAACCAGCUUCUUCGAGUAUGGAGACGGCCCAGGCAGACCGAGCUACCCUUGACGCCGGUUUCGAAGUUGACCAGUCUGUGUUCGAGAUCCCCGAAUCCUAUCACAUCCAAGACAAUGGUAGAAAUAUGCACCUGCAAGAUGAGGAUUAUGAAAUCAUGCAGUUUGCCAUUCAGCAGAGCCUGUUGGAGUCCAACAGGAGACAAGAAGCACCUGGACUCUCAUCCAAUGGAUCGAUCGGCCAGUCGCACCUGUAUGACGCUCAGUAUGAGAGGGCCCUCCAGGAGAGCCUGCUGAUGAACCCCGGCGGUCCCCCGGCUGGCUCCUCCCACGAGGCGAGCGGCUUCGACACGGACCUGCAGCUGGCCAUGGAGCUGUCGGCCAAAGAGUUGGAGGAGCGUGAGCUCCGCCUCCGGGAGGAGGAGGCGGAGCUUCAGCAAGUCCUACAGCUGUCACUCACUGAGAAAUGAAAGCCCCCCACCCUCCCACCCACCCCGUCCCUGAUCCCCCCAACCCCUGCCACGGGCGUCCUGGGGACCAGAUGGCAGCUGCCGCUCUCUUUCCUUCAGAGGUGUCCGCCCGGCCGGUCCCGGGAAGACCCGGGGCUGCGGGUCGAAGUAGGCCGGACCGGUUGCCCCCCCCAAUCCACAUCCACUGGUCACAUUUCAGCCCCCGCUCCCCGCCUCGGUUUUAAAGGAAAGAGAAAAAUCCCUCAGGAAGGAUCGUGGGUAAAUAGUUUUCAAGGAACAGUGCCAGGACGGUACUGCAGACGACAGGGAGCUUUGGCGAGGGGUGUGGGGAGGCCGGGCAGAGUCGCCACCCCUGUUUUUAGAACGAGGGGCGGGGGGAGCUUAGGGAAGGAGAAGAGCUCCCUCAUCUUUCACCAAAGAGAUGGGGACUCCGCGCAGGUCUACUUAUUGAUUUUGGACCGGUUUUCCGUCCGACUUCCGGGCGGGGUCUCGAGGCCAUGGCCUCCGUCUUGUUGGCCUUUCCCUCUCCGGCCACCCCCACCCAAACCCGGCGGCCACCUCGGCCGGCCGGGGGAGGCCUGGUGCGGUGGAUUUCUACAUGACAGCCGCCCGUGGGGGUCGGUAGCCCAAUGGGGUCCGCAGCUGGGCCAGGAGGCGACGCCUUACCCUUUUCCCGCUCCUGUCCGGCGACAGCCGCCCCCCCGGAAAGGGUCCGAUUAGGACUCGGAAAGGGCACCGGGUUGGAGGGGGAACGGGCUCCUCCCGCCUCAGUGGAGUCCAGGCCGCUGACGGAACCGCCCACCGACCUGAGGGGCCCCCACCCCCACCCCACACCUUGAGGCCCUGCUUUUGAGAGUUCAAAUCGGAAUCUUUCCGGAUAUAUAUAUAUAUAUUUUUAACAAGAUCUUUUUAUUGCUUUUAAAAGAUAUUAAAACGAAGAACUGCUCCCAUCAGUAGCAAUACAGGUAUCUAUUUUAGCCAGGUUUCCUCAGGCCUUUUUUUAUACCUUUUAGCAGUUUGACUAUUUUAUCUAACCCCCCCCCCGCCACCCCCCGGGUGUGAAUACGGAUCCUGCCCCUACAGCGUGGAGAACUCCCGGGGAAUGUAAAUAGCCACACUCCGCCCCUCUGGGCCUUGGGUCGAUCUGGUGGUCUCCAGCGCUGACGUAAUCUGAUCCAAACAUCCCCCCACCCGUCCCCUUCCUCGGCCCCCCGCCCUCCCGUGCCCCGGCUUUUCGGUGGGUCUGAAGUCGGGGUGGGUGAAGGCGAGUUAAACCAGGGUUCAGGCUGACCUUGGCAGGGACCCCUUAAUGUUGCCCAGAUGCCUUUCUCGGUGGUUGCCCACCCCGCGACAGUCGAGGUUUUCUGAUGCCCAGAAAGCAGCCAGGAUUUGGGGGCUUGAGAACGGGAUGCAGUUUCUCCAGGGCGCGGGAGGCCCGGGGGUGGUCUCCGUCGUCCGUGUCGCACAGCUUUGGAGCGGGCUUCCCUGCCGUAGCGGCCUCGGGUCGUGCAUCCAACGGCCCUGAAUGGCCCAUGUAGCGCUCGCCGUCUUGCUCUCUCCCUCCCCGAGUGUCUCCUUCUCUCUCUCUGUCUGUCCGUCUCCCUCUGUCUCUGUGCGCACGUGGCCUCGCUCCGCUCUCCUUCCCGGCAGGUCGGGCCGGAGGGCCUCAGCUGCCCAUGUCGGAGGGAGUCGGGGGGUGCUCGGGUCCCUGGGACCGGGCCGGUAACACCCCUCGGGAUCGGUUUUGUAUUUCGAGAGGUCGCCGCUUCCUCUCGACCGAUUAAAGAUCCGGAUUGGGAGACCGCA